CUGCCCCACACUAUCCCCCCCAAAGAACACCCCCUUGAUGCUGGGGCUGGUUCUGACGAAGAGCAGGGCGUUCCAGCAGAUGUUUCCCAGCAUGAAGUACUGAGCCAGCAGGUGCAUGGACUUCCACCAUGAGGACCACACCGUCUUCUUGUGGUCCGCCUCCAGCGGCGCCUCGACCAGCACCAGGUAGCUCACCUCCCCGGUAAUGGAGAAGACCAGGAAGGUGUUGAGGAGCACGGGGAUGUGGGAGCACAUCUUCUCCACCUUGCCGAACAUCUUGGCGGCGUAGCUCGUCAUGUCUUCCGGUUCGAUGCGAGGACCGCUUUGACGGACGCACCGUCGGAGCAGGAAGCGAUCGUAAAUAUCCAAUCGAGCAUAGAUCGGCGCCGCAAGGAAGAUGUUACAUUUGGAACAAACUAUUCCAACGGCAAAUAUUCAGUUAACAAUAAUAUCAAUUUUCUUUGUGCUAACCUCUAUCGUUUCUGCUGCGGCUGGACGGAGGCGGAAGCUGUGAUGUCACAUCCGGGCUGGCCUGCGACACCAGCUCGGGCGGAGGAAUCUAUAAAAGGGAUAUUCUUAUGCAUUAACGUAGACAACAACACAUACACAGACGGACGACUUAAGAUAUAAACCCGAAUGUCUCCUAAAAGUGUUGUGUACAAAAAUGUUUGUUAAAAGUACCAAUCUCAGACCCGGAAAUGUUUUGCUAGCGGUGUUACAAAAAUGACGUCCGCAAAGCAACUGAUCUUUUAUUCAUGAUGUUCCACUUCCCAAGCAUGAUGCAGUCCAGUAGUGACAAAGUACAGUAAAUUGGACAUUGAUCAAAUGUAGAGUUGAAUGUAAGUCUUAAUUUGGCAUUUCGGCCUCUGCCCCCUCCUCCAAAGCGACCUUAAUCCCUCUUAAUCUCUCAUGGGCCACUGAAUGACUGCAGCCAUGGAUGAUUUACUGCCACUUGGUCGUCUGAAACAUGUCUAGAACCCGGAGAGGAAGUGGUCACAGAAAGAGCCGAAUGAUGCGUCUGCAAGAGCGCUGGCAGGAGUUAAAGGGCAGAGAGUGUGCGGCCCGGCGUCACAACAAAGAGCUGCUGCAGCAGUUUGACAGAACGCAGGACAUGCUGAGAGAGAUGAUGUCCGCUACGGCCGCCAUGAAAACUACCCGGCAGUUGGAGUACGGGCAGUACUUGGAGGACGCCCCCUACUGGCAGAAACAACUGCAGGAGAAAACAGAAGUUCAGCACAGGACGACACAAGCAAAGCAUCCGUUCACCCCAUCAAGCCACUGUCCCACGUCGCCCCCAUCUACGCCAACGUUUGUUCAGCCAUCACACCCCCAGCGCUGGCCCCCUCACAGCCCCCCUAGCUGGGCUUCCAAUCAGGCUGAUCUUCACGCUCACCUCUACGUGAAGGCAGGGACAAGCGGCAGCUGGAGUAGAGAGAGCAGUCCUUCCUCCCAGGAACUUGACGUACAACCAGUGCGUCUAUCCAGUGAGCAGGAAAGUGCAGGCAGCAGCAGAUUGAGGCAGGCCAACCACGAGAAGAAGAAAGGAAGCGCCUCCUUGGACAGAGACAGCUCACAGGAAACAUCCAGGAGGUCUGCAGCUCCAGCGGCUCACAUGUCUGACGGGGCCUCCUCUUCGCCCAAAGGCAGCACCGUCAGGAGGACGGGGAGGAACGUGGGAGGGUCCCAGGCUGGACCACCAAAGAGCAAGAAUGAUGCUCUCCGUGAGGUCACGUGUGAACGGGAAAGCAGCAGAGAUCUGGAGUCCAUGGGCGGAAGCAAGAGAGAUGUAGAAGAGCUAAGCAAGGAGGAGAGCAGAGAGGAAGAGGAGGGUGAAGAGACGUCAGCAGAGGAUGUGGAUGAAGAGGAGGGCUGUGAGGAGAGCGACUCGGAUGACAUCAUCAUCUCACCUCUGCAGACCAAACUCGACAAGCACGUGGUCCCAGAAGAGGCAGCCCAUGAGGAGAAGGCAAGCAGAAGAGCAGCAACAUCUGAUGAAGACUCCAGUGAGCUUUUCCAUGAGGACAUAGAGCAUCUCCUUGCACCUCAACACGCAUCAAAGAAAAGACAAGAAAGUGACCGGAGCGCAGAAGAGGAACCUGAAGGUACCACAACCCGACGGCACGUUUCAGGACACCAAGAUGUUGCAUCUUGCAACGUGGACACGUCUCCAGUGACAACACAUCAGCAAAGUGGCUCUGAGGACUUUGACCAGUUCUACGACUGAUCUACCUCAUACCAGGACCAUGUUCAGGUCGGGAACCCGUGGCCCACCCUGGACUGGGCCCAAAGCAUAUCAAACCAUGGAGAAGAUUGACCAGUGUUCUCUAGCUUAGCAUGUUAGCCACACAGCCAAGACAUCUGGAAGGUCUGGGUUGGAAUCUCCAUGUGGAGUUUGCAUGUUCUCCCCCUGCGUGGGUGGAUGGGUGGGCUGUGGGUUGGACUGCAGGAUGCAGGCCUCGUGUUUGAUGGUUAGAUUGGUGUAGGUCAGUCCCAUAGAAAGAUUUAUUGCUGCUGUGACAAAGCAUCAGAACAUCAGUGUGUACCACCAUGACCACACCACCAGGUAUUGGCUAUGAAGGGGGGUGG